AUGAGAAUUCUAUGUAUUCCCGGUGCCUAUGGCAGUUCCGAUAAAUUUGAGGUGCAGCUUGCGCCCCUCGUCAAUGAGUUGACCAAAGACGGGUCCGCGACCUUCCACUUCAUCCAUGGCCCAUGUACAGCGGUCCCACCCAAGGGCUUCGAAGAGUAUUUCGGCAAACCGCCAUACUUCCGCUUCAUCGAGCCAGACAAGGAUGUGGAUGCGGGAGUAACCCAACAAGAUGACGUUUUAGCAAGAAUUCGAGAUUUCCCGGACUGCGAGACGCCCGAAGACACUAUGAGGGAGCUUAUGAGAGAUGGCAUUGCGACAACGCACCGCAGCACUGAUAAUGCGCUCAAGUUUUUGGUCAACAUCAUGGAGGAGCAAGGCCCCUUUGAUGCCAUCAUCGGGUACUCCGAAGGUGCCACUGUAGCCGCCACCCUUCUCCUCCACGAACAGCAGAGGUCCAAGAAAAAGGAUAUCCCUCCCAUGUUCAAGUACGCAAUCUUCUUCGCCGGCUGGCCUCCGGUUGACCCGGUUCAUCACAACAUGAUUCUAAGCGACGAAACGGACGCCACGAUCGAAAUUCCGACCUGCCACAUAAUUGGCUCCCUCGACCCCUACGUUCACGGGUCUAUGGCUCUCUACAAUGUCUGUGACCCGGAUACUGCCUACAUGUUUGAUCAUGCCAAAGGCCACACUCUUCCUCGAGACAAAGAUACCGUGCGGGAGCUUGGAGAUGUUGUUAGGGAAGCAAUCACGUUGUACGGGAUUCAUUAG